AUGUAAAGCCAUUAAAAUGGAACAAGACUACCACAUAUUGAUUCCGACUCAGUGAGUCAUUUCAAUACAUAAUCUUUCACCCAUCUGAAAGCUAGUCAACCUAAAAUCGCAUUGAAAAAGCUGCAUGUUCCAUCUGCUCAUGCUAUAAGAGAAGAAGAUCAUGAUUAAGAUAUCAGAGAAUCUGACUCAGCAUCCUAAUUUACAAAUUAAAAGCAUAACAGAACCUAAUCGCAUAUGGUAAAAUCCAAUAAUCCAAGCAUUCUUAAUAAUAACUAAUAAAGCAAUAAAGUUGAAUAAGUUAAGUAAGGAAGAGUGUUUGAUGAGAACGUCGUCUUAAUAAAGCCUUAAAUAGAUGCCUCUGAUAAAGAAAUAUACGCAAGAAAUGGCUAUAGAACAGCAGCUAAAAACCUUGUCAACUUUUUAGAGAGUGGGAAUAGAGGCUAAUUCAUUGAAAAUAUCUUUAAACCUAAAUAUCUCGGUGACUUUACUAGUGAUAAUUAAGGAGUUAUAAAAACAAUAUAGUAAAACAAAAUUCAGCCAGACUAUGACUUACCUUAUAAGGAGUAAAAAUUGCAUGAGCGACUAAUGAAAUAAUCUCAAACACCUUAAAACUCUUCAGGGAAAGCUUAGUUUGGAAAGCUCAAUAAUUAAAACUAUCAUAGUGGAAGUAAAUUAGAACCAAUAAUGGAGAGAGGGGACAGAAAUUUCUUCGGUGGUCAAAAUGAUGAUGAUAGUGAAGACGACGUUCUCACAAAGAAGCAAGUUAAAGAUCCUUGGGUGAGAGUUGAAGUUAGAAAUUCUCCAGAGAGUUUAUAGUAAUAUGCUAUGGAAUAGUAAAGAUAUAGACUGGGCUAUGGAGGUAAAAAUUAGAAGGAUGAUAUGAGAUAUAAAGAGGAGUCAUAAUGGAAAAAUAUAAAAGAAAAGAGAUCGAAGAUUGUCUUUAUGGAUAAAAAUAAGCGAAUGCGUAAGCUAAUAAAAACGAUGGAAAGAGACCCUAAUCCAGAUGCUUAUGAGCUGAGGUAAAGAGAAAUGAAAGUAUAUCAAUAGCUCUCAGACAAUGAAAAGGAUGAGGAUUAUGAUUCUGAGGAGUCAAGGGAAUCUAAGAAACAGAAAAAGCGAAAUAAAAAGAGGAGGGACUCUUAAGAUAGUCAGUUGUCUGAUAUGAAAAUGGAAAAACUGAAGGAGAUAAACAAAAGAAGCAAUUUCAUUUCUAAUUAUGACGAUUACAGAAAGGAUGUAAAUGCUGAUUCACUUAAGAAAGGAGAGUUCGUAUCUAAAAAUGGGAAAAUUGUCAAGCCUGAUCGUACUGAUGAAAGACAGGUAGUUGUGAAAAAGAAGGAUCUCAAUGAAGAUGAUAUGAGGGCUUAUAAGGAGAAGGAGUUAAUGAGAGAGAAGUUGAAAAAUCAAAAUAUUGUCAGAGAAGUUCUUAAGAAAUAGGUUAAGGAGAAAUAAGAAUAAAAGAAUUUCAAGCCGAAUGAUGAAAUAGAAGCACUUUUGAUUGAAAAGUAUAAAAAAGAAGCCAAAAAGAUUAGAGUUGGGAAUAAAGAGGACUAGGAAUAUUAUCUUAGAAGACAAGCUCUGAUUGAUAAAGUACUACUUAAGAAUAAUAAAGCUAUAAAGUCGCUGGCUGAAAAGAAAAGAUUAUGGGUAGGAGAAGAGGGUCAGUUUGCAAAGAAAGAUCUGGCCAAAUGGUAUAAGGUCUACAACCAAACCAAACUGGCAGAAAUGAGAGAAAUAUUUGAUAAAGACAAUGAUGGCUAUAACAUGCAAGAUUUAGCUUCUUGA